AUGAGGAACACGGGCAAAGCAUAUGGAGUUUUACCAAUCCGGGCAGUUGUUGUAAGCAGAUACCGAGCAUCUGGUCGACCGCCACCAGAUGCAGUAUCGGCGUUUAAUCCACUACUAUCCGCAACAGUCUUUCUGUUCAUCGCUCUGCUACUGCACCAGUGGAUGGCGUCCGGAAAAAUUUGUUUUUCACCGAAUGAAAAUAUUGCAGACAUACGAUAUAAAUACGUAAUUUGUGGCUAUCGUAGAAUUCAUGCUAACAGUAAGGGUAAACUGUUCCCAGCAAUUGAUUGA